AUGGGACGCUUCGCUGAUCCAUACGGGGACACUAGAUUGCCAGAGGGCAUGGUCCGGAUUGGCUACGACGCGGAUACUGCUCAGUAUUACUACAGCGACCGAGACGGCAGGGUUUAUGAAAGUGCCCCUGGAGCGGAGUAUGGUCUCUUACUGCCCGUAAGACGAUACUACAGUGGUCGUGAAAACAAUGCGCGCUACAGACGGAAGAUCUCUACCACUGAUCCGGCUCCAUACAACCCACCUGCAAGGCGCAGCAUGACAAACGCCCCUCAGGCUCCUCGUCCCCCUCCUCUUAAGCGCUCUCAAACAACCCUUCCGAAGUCUCUCCCAAGAGGUAGGCCGACAACAAAAGAAACCAGUUCACCCACACCUCCACCGAUGUCGGCACGUUCCCGUACAUUGUCCGGACGAACGAAAGACAUCAGAAUCCCAAGUCCCAUCCCGGAGAUGCCUACUCCUCCUGUAACUAUCGGCCACAAAGCGUCUGUCAUCAGUCAAGCUUCAGUCUACAGCCAAGCAUCAGCCCCGAGCCAUCCGGGCCCCACAUCUGAAAUUUACCCCACAUUCCAAAAUCAGCCUGUAGCGAUGGCAACGCCUAUACCUGCGGGGACGCCCGUAGUCGAGGCAGAAUCAGUCUCUCAGGUAGAUUACGGUCACGAAUGGCCUCCAAAAGGCUGGAGAAUAUACAUCCUCGCCUUAAGCAUCGACCCCUCGUCAUCCGACGAGCGCCCAAAUUUGAUGGAGUAUCUUUUCGACCAGGAUACCCUCACGUUCUUCCAUCCCAGUACAAUUCGCACAUCCCAUCUUCCCGAGUCAUCCCUUCACGCGUCGAAGAGGGAAGGGGCUGCGGCGUUGAUCGCGCAAUGCCGCAGGGAUCCGAUUCCAGACGAGCCUGCUUCACCUCAGAGCUGGCUGCCGUUGGAAGAGGCGCCCGUAAAAUCGGUUGUUCCGUUCCCUUCGUCGCCGAAGGCGGGGGCCUCCACGUCUGUUAUCAAUAUCCCACCCAUUCCUCGAGCUCCUGAAACGGCGCCUCCUCCUCGUCCGCGGACCCCAAGUCGUCUGAAAAAGAAACGGAAGCCUGUUCAAGGCAACUCCAAUCGUUCAUCGGCAUCUUCGUAA